AUGUUCAUUCAUUAUGAUCCCAACCUCUGCUCUUACUUGGUCCAUCCACAUCAGAUCAUUAACAACGGUGAAGACUUUAUUUAUUAUUGCGGUACACCCAACACUUGUCAUAUUGGGAAUGCGCUUUACUUCAUCGUUUAUUCCCAUCAGCAAAGUCUACAUUACUUCACCGGAUGCGACAAUGGUAGUCAUAUGGUACUAUACGUGAAGAACGAGGAAGAAUUGAGUUACAUACCUACGUGCAACAUGAAUCCCAACCACGAAGACUUUUAUAUCUACGAUUAUAAUGGCUGUUUCAGUUACGUCCCAAGCCAAUUUUUCUACUUUGUUUACCACUUUUCAAGCGGCUACGAUAACGACGAUGACAACAGCAAUAGCAGCUACCAAGGAUUACCUAGCCGCGCUAUCGAUGACACUGGUUCAAGCAUCGAACCAAUAGAAAAUAAUGAAACUAAUACAACUGUUUUAUCUAAUAAUCCUGCCACUCACACACAGCACUCGAGCAAAAAUGGCAAGGGCGAGCUCUAUAUUAUCGAUGGCGUAAUUCGGGCAGUCUAUAAGAAUUGUACAGUUGAUCUUGAGAUAAAUGAUGUUCGUAACAUAAUUAAGAAGUUGCAAAAACGUAAGAAGAAUAAUUCCGUCAAUUCGUUUAUAUUAUACCGGGUACUCUUAUCCAAAAAGCUAGAAUAUAAGAGAAAAGAGUUCGCGAAGGGCGACUUUCAAUCUUAUAUUAGCGAAUUCGCAGGCAAGACCUGGAAGGGGAAAACCGCGUCUGCUGAAAAGGCGGUAAAAGAUCUUGCGGUUGUAGUCAACGAGCAUAUAAAGUCGAAAAAUUUGAACCCCACUUUAGGGGUGUAA